AUGACCGAGCGAAUCAAGUUUAUUGUGAAAGAAUUAAACUCUACAUUGGGCAGAAACUAUGACUUGAUAAAGUUUGAUUCGUUAGAUGAAAAGCAGUUACUUCAGGUGCUAGUAGAUUUGCUUGUUAACUUCAAUGCUGGUGAAAAGUUAAAUAUACGCGAAGAUGAUCCAGAGACUUUAACGGUACGUUUACUGGAAAUGCUAGGGAGCGUUAAAUAUCGACCUCCGACUGGGGUAGAGCCGACGCUUUUCAGAUCGCAGCUGCUCGCGGGUGAUUCGAGAACGAUUCACCAUGUCUUACAUUGGCUUCUAUCUAACAAAGAGCAAGUUAAGAAUACUGCGUAUCUUGCUAAGUAUUUAAAAAUCCCAGAUAUACCUGCCGAUGUGGCACGUAAUAAUACAAUUCAAGAUUUAUUAGACCUGUAUCAAAAUCUGAUAGAUGAAUUUAAGGACGUACACAAAAGGACUAGAAUAUUUCAAAAAGAAAAUGCUUCUGAAAUUAUUAACGAUAUUAAAGAAAUGGCAGUUGAAAGGGAUAUAGUGAUUAAGAGACUGGAGAACGUUCAAGUUCACUUAGUUGAUAUAAGAGAUAAAGAAGAUCUGCUAAACGUGAGUAAGCUUUUGCGGACUCAGCAAGAGAGGGCUAAAGAGUUAGAAAAUCAAUACAACAUGCAGCAAUCUCAACUAAAGACAGCAUUAGAGCAACUAAAGCGGUAUUUAAAUGUUAUCCAUGGCCAGAGCGCUACUCCCAAGAGUGUUUCCGACGUGAUUAAACAUUUACAUGAGGAAAUACAGUUAAACAGUUAUUUAAAGCAAGAAAAACUACCACAAGAAAGUUCCAGUCUACAGAAAGAAUUAAAUAUUAUGCAAACAAUUGCUACAGAGCAGCAUCCAACUCGGUCAGAUUUAAUCACCAUUCAAGAUAAGAUAAGUGCUGUAAACAAUGAAAUAGAACAGCUAGUGCAACGCCGUCUCGCUGCUUCUGACCCACAAGAGGACAAGUUAACGCCUUUCCGUCAACAAGCAGCAGUCAUCAGGCGAAAUAAAGAAGCGAGCGCUACACGCGUACACGAGCUUACUGCUACGUUAAAAGACCAUGAAGCAACCCUGGCUGAUUUGCGAUCGCAAGUAAAGCAACUUCUCGGAGAUAUGGUUCUCAGAGGUGAAGAACUUAAAAAGUACGUCAAUUCGUUGCGAACAAAAAGUACACUCUAUAAACGGCAAAGAGCUAAUCUAUCAACAUUUAAGGUGGAAGCUGGCAUUCUUUCACGGACGCUACAUAUUUUAAAUACUAAUGACCCUACAGUUGAAAUGGCACUGGUGAAUCAUAAAAAAAUGAUAAUUGACGACAUGGAUAUAAUUGAAAAAGGCCACGACAAAUCUGAUGAUUUGAAAAAAAAAUCUUUACAUGAUCUUUCUCAGCUCGUCGCACAAACUGCACAGAAACUGUCGCAGGUGCGACAAGAAAUUCAUCCGUUGGCAGAUAAAGUGAAACCUGUAAAACAAGAGUUUCAAGAAAUGCAACAGAAAUAUGAACAAAAAAAGAGAAUUUAUGAGGCCACAUCUAUUAACAUAUCGUCACAAAUGGAACCAUUGAAAGAUCAAGUUAAAGAGCUGACUGACCAGUUAAAUAGUAAAGAGAAUGAAUGGAAAAGCUUGAGGCAAAAAAUUACAAAGGCCGAAAGUUUGCAAGAAGUUGUAAUGUUUGAAAUGAAAAACUCAAUGCAAUCGCCACGAAAACCCUCGAAAAUGGAAGCUUUAAAAAAAAGGGUCGCCGAUGUAAAAGAGCUCGUAAACAACUUGGAAGAGGAGCAAAGAAUGAUAAGUUCCAGACAAGGCAUAGUGGAGGAACAGACGCGUCUGUGGCAGAACGCACUGCAACUAUUGCGUUGCAAGAUAAAGACGCGCAACGAACUCGCCUCGAGACAAGAGCGUGUGCACAUCACGCAGCACUCCCAGAUGCUAACACUUACA